ACUCCUUCCACACGCUCUGUGCUCCUCCUGCACAUCCAUUCCUUCGGUGGCCACAUUUUACAGGUCCUCGCCGGGCCGACAAGAGAUAUCAGAACCACACCGCACUUGGUCGCACACUCGCCAAAAUGUCCUACUUCUCUAAUCUCCUCACGACGACAACGUCACGCUACAAUAACCUUCGCCGGAACCUACUCAACGACGAUGCCGACGGCGACACAGAAGACGAGUCCCACAUCUCCCGCACACUUCGCGCAUACUACACAGAAAAAGGUCGCCCAUUCCCGCAAUGGCUGCCUCCGGAUCCCACUACUCCAUCUUCCGCUCCACAGCAAUUCGUUUCGUCGUCUGGAAGGAACCCGUCACAACAAUCGAUGGGCCGCGGGGGUGGAUUGAGUGAUCUGUGGGAUGCGCCGUCUCCUAAUCAGCAACAACAGGAGCCUGCCUCUCUGAGAAGAACAGCACAAGGACGAGGUGGAGGAGGCGGCCGUACAUUGAGACCCGGCAUGUCAGACUCCCUCUCAGCAGAGUCUCAAUAUUCUGGCAGACCACUUCCAAGCCAGAGGGCUGGUAGCUAUCAAUCUGUAGGGGGCCAAUCCGAUCUGCCCUCCCCUCCUCCAAGUGCAGGCUCAGGAACCACAGCGCAGGAGCGACUCAAGGCGAGGCUAUGGGGUUCAGCAAGGUCAACGAGCCCGUCUCAAAGUCAGGCAUCGUCACCGAGCACGAGUCCAGCUCCUACCGGACUGCGAAGUCCAUUCGAUCGCACCAAUGGUGGUACACCUGGUGCAAGACCACCGUAUCCAGACGACCGAAGACAGCAGCAGACUUCGUAUGGCAUGCCAAGAAUUUCUCCAUACCCGUCCAACGAUGAUCAGUACGGCCCACCAUCCUCAGGUUAUGGAGGGGCUCCUCAACAACGACCUCCACCAGGUCAAGGCCGCGUUGGCCUACCUAGCGGCCCACGUAUGCGCUAAGGAUUGCUGGUUCGUCUAUUGAUUACGGAGUUCGAGGGUGGGAUCUCUCACGGUAAAUGAUUUUAUGUUUAUUAUGCAAGUAUGGCGCAUACCCAAGGUUUAAUUUCCAUUGCAAAGUGUUUUAAUGCGAUUGGACACUAGCAUCGAAGACAAUGAUAUUGUUCAAUUGUGAA